AUUAAAUAAAAAGACUAAUACUCUUAGCAGUUAGUCCACUGGCAUCUACUAUUAUAUAAAUAACCUGCUCGAUUGAAGCACAAAUUCUACAUAUUGGAAAUUGCUCAAGCAAAUCGUGCAUUCAUAUAUUGAGUUCUUAUCUUAGAGAAAAGGCCUAAAAAGGAUGGUGGUAUAUGAUCUGAGUGACCCAUUGCAGUUUGUUGGUUGCGAAACUGGAGCAUCUCUACUCACAGUAUCUAGUGCACCUACAAAGGACGCACCAAACCUCAGGGACCGGAAUUUUGGACCAGUAUUCGGUGUUUCAGUAGGUUCGGCUGCGUCGGCUCAAUACAACGAAUUAAGGGUGUUCAACGGUACGAUCAAGGGGCGUGCGUUGGAUACACUGAUACAAGAUCUUCGAGAUCAGAAGUUGCGAGUGAAUCGUGACGGAUAUUGUUAUAUUCGUGUUCCUGGUAGGCGCAACCCAGCUGGUGUAUCCUUACAAUCUCGUUUUGCCAGACUAAAUGACUUGUUUCCUUGGGUUGAUUAUGUGGACGAACCUACAUAUUUUGACCCAACUCCUCCAUCUACCAUAUGGAAUCGUCGAAGCUCUAGUAAUACGACUUUGAAGAUGGUGGACUACGACAAGCUUGACGCCGAUCUUAAGCAGGCUCAAAAGGACAAGGAAAAGGCUGAAAAGGAUCUUAAACAGUCUCAAAAGGACAAGGAAAAGGCGGAAAAGGAUUCUAAGCAAGCUAAGAAGGACAAGGAAAAGGCUGAAAAGGAUUAUGAGCAAGCUAAGAAGGACAAGAAAAAGGCUGAAGAUGAUCUAGAGAAGGCUAAUAAGGAGAAAAAUGAAGCAAUGGAUAACAUAAGGGAUAACUGGGAGAAAUCUACGAGAGCUGGAGCUAGACCACUUCCGGUAAAUGCAUUCGUCGUCACUUCAGUUUACCCUACUGAUGCACGAUCUUAUGAAGACCAAAACAAAGGGGGUCCAGACUUAGGCAGUACUUGGUUCGGCAACCCCAACCGGAUAUCAGCACCAGCUGCUUCCUAUAUGGACUCUAUACGGCCGGGGUCAAUUAUGGUGUAUACUAAGACACCUCGUCUUUUUGACAAAUACUUUUGGUGGGUUGUCCAAUAUGAUAUUCCUUCUGAAGGCGUUUACGGAUACAUUAUAGCUUAUCAUGGCAAUGCUCUUUGUGAUGCGACAGAGCAAUUGAAGUUUAGGAACUUCAGUUUUCGGAAUUUGGCUGGCUCCCUUUUCUUGGAUCGUCUUGGUCUGCGCAAUUGCUUUAUACUAAAAAACAUUACUCCCUACUCCACACGAUAAGUCUAUAGUUUGGUUUGGAUACCAUCAAAAUUGAGGCCGCUGAUGGAGUAGUGACAUCACUUCCUGCCUCAUAUCACUGAGUAAUUCCACUAAUUCCCAUCAAAAGAUAUAGAUGCGUGAAAGAAGUUAUGUAAGGAUACAAUCUAUGUGCUUUGCGUUGUGUGUGUGUGUGAAGAAUAUAUGUGAUUGUUAUAAUAUUUGAGUAAAGGUCAUGGCUAUAGAAAAAACUUCAAUCAACUUUUACAUGUGUAACUUGCUACACACUUCACAUUUGAUAGUCCUAUGAUGAUAGGAACUAUGUUGAUAUCUUCUAGAAAAUAUUGUUUUUAUAACUUUCAUGAUUGGAUUAAUCGUCAUUUUGUAUAUUGUUUUAGAAUUAUUUUUUUAAUAUUCAUUACAAUUUAAAAGCCACCCCAUACAUCCUAUCCAAAUAAA